AUGGUGCUUGUGGGGCAAUUCGCUGCUCGGCAGCUGUGCAUGGGUCUGGGCUACAUCUACCCGCUGUACGCGUCGGUUGAAGCGUUGCGCACCCGUCGUGAACAAGAGUUGCUGCAAUGGAUCACUUUUUGGACGGUGAACGCAAUUUUCUGGGUGGCUGAAACCGUGGGCGACACUGUCAUUUCGUGGGUGCCGUUCUACCUGGAGGCCAAGAUCGUGGCUCUGGCGUGGCUUGUGCUGCCAUCUUAUCGCGGUGCACUGUUGCUUCACCAGAAAUGGCUGGCUCCUGCUUUUCAGCAACACGAACAAGUCAUCGACUUCACCAUUGCCGACCUGAAGCGUCGAGCUGGAGAGAAAAUGGUUCAGGUAUGCAAGGACACAGCCGUUAUCGCGCUACGGAACAGCUCGGACGUCGUCGCACAAAGCCAACAAUUUGUAGCCGCACAACUGGUUCAACAAGCUCUGGGCAAGUUGCAACAUGGACUAGCUUACACUACACCCAGUGAUAAUUUGCGUCAACCUUCACUCCUCACCGACCUGACUUUUGCAGAAUCGAAAAUAGAUGUAUCAGCUUCUCGAGCGGAGGAGAAAGAACCAAAGAACCAGGCAAAAGGAGAUUGUGACACACAGGAGAAGGCAACAACAUUAAGUCGUACCGAAAAGGCCAAACAGGUGCUCGAUCACUUUAAAAAGCUCAUGGUGAAGGGCUUUCAGUUGAAAUAUCACCCGUCAGCUGGCGUUGUGAAGCACCGUGCGCUGCUACUUGAGUCAUCGAACUCUCGUUACGUGAGCUUCAUGAGUGCCAGAGACACUGGGUCUGUCGACAGCAAGAAGAAAGCAGCGCGACUGCUACUACACAAUUUGCGUCGUGUGUCAGCUUCAGUGGCCGACGAGUGUGCGUUGUUCGCAAACAUGGUCGAAGAGGAAGAAGUGGACGCCUCAGUGGCAUUUAUCCUGGACAAUGGCAAGGCUGUGAUGCUGUUUGAAGCCGAAUCUCAGAAGAACCGUGAUUUGCUCGUCGCGGGACUUCGACUACUCAUCACGGAGCACAAGAAGCGCGAUACUGUUGCGCUCAACAAGCUGUGCUCGGCUGUAGAGCGCAUCGUGAUGCAACAAGCCUUCAUGCAACUCCGCGCAACUGCUGAGCGACCGUUUAGAAAGUAA